AGCUGGUCUUAUCUUGACUCAGCUCGAUUUGCCUCCCUCUUUCCAUCUCCAUACCUAUAAUAUAAUCAACCUUCCUCAACCCUUCUCAACACCACUAUCGCCAACAUCACCAACAUCGCCAGACUCCUUUGCAAUGCACCACCAAAAGUUCCCUACUUCUUCUGUCUCUAUCGUCCCUGCACAGGGCCUAGGCUUCAUCAAGCUAGGCUCCUCUUUGUUUUACAUUUUGAACAAGCUCUCUCUCUCUCCCUCCAGUGCUUCCACCAACAUUGCCAUCAAGUUGGCUUCUUCGAAGAAGGCCCUCUUUGAAACUCCCAUCGUUUUGUACAUUAAAAAUUUUGGCUUACGACUCCUUUUCGACCCAAUAACACAGUUAUUGAUCCUCAUCGAGAUAAUAAACUUCAAAAACCUAAACUCCUUGACCUACACCUACUACUCUAACAAAAAAUACCACUCGCUCAAUAAAAACAACAAAAACCCCUCCUUCAACUUGAUAUACAACAAGAUCUUUGGUCCCACCUAUCCUGGCAAGAUCUACUCAAACAACAACCAAUUCAUAUACAUCUUGAACUAUCCUGGCAUCUCCUUCAGCUUCAAUCUCAAUGACAAGUUCAUCAAAAACUUGAAGAUACACAACAUCAAUAAACUAUCGUCAAAGGACCACGAAAGAAUUGUAUCAGUUUUAUCCAACGACUCCAAUAACCAAUUCGAGUGCACUUCUUUGAUCUUGUACUAUCCAAACUUCUUAAAAACAUGGGACAACGUACUCAAAUCCAUUUUCAACAAUCACCUAAAAAACUCCUUUACAAUUGCCCAAAAACAAUUAAAAUCAAUAAAUCUUUUGCAGUUUCAAAAUCAACUGCCCCUCGAUACAAAAGUGCCAUUCAACUUCCUGCCCUUCAUCACUACAAAUAACAAAAUAAUCAGAAUUGAUAUCGAUUUGCUCAACGGUAAUCUUCGUUUGAAUUUCAGAUUCCCCACAAAAGAUUCAUCCAAUUCCACUACCUAUACUGAUAAAAACACCAUCUCUGACGAUAAUGGCCUACUAAACAACUUCUUUGUCUUGGAAAUCGGCAAAUCCUUUCAACAAGAUAUUCUCUUCAAUCUAGGGCCUCCUGAUUCCACUUAUCUCAAAAUUGACUCGCGAUACGAUAUAUACAACAAUGCCCCAAACUCCUUUCCAAACAAAAAAAAUCCCAUGCCCAAUAACAAUAACCAAUCUGAAAACAUCAACCUGGAUACAAGUAUCGACAAUAACAACAUCAAUCCCAUCUUUCCCAAUAAUAAAAUCUUCCACAACUACUUCCGUUACGGCUUUGAUCUACUCUACGACGUCAAUAACAUUAAGGGCUCAGUCUUGAAGAAAAUAAUCAUCUACAAUAACCUACCGAACUCCCUCUUUUUUCAAAAGUAUAAUAAAGUCAACUGGAUCAUGAAAGGUUAUGAUACCAAUAACAACACCCAUCGAAACUGGGACUGGACCUUAAAUCCAUCAAAAAACUUGGCCACUUCUGAAAUGUACUUUUACGAAAUCGACAGCGAGAACUUCAAACGAUGCAAAAUAAACAACAACUACAACGAUAACGACACAGAAAGCACUAGCAACAACUCUCUUGAUAGAUCUUCAAAAUUCGUUCUCAUCGAUAGAAAUGAUCUCUUUAAUGACUCAUGUCUAACCAGUCGCGGUGACACUAAUCAAUCUAGAAAUAAAAACAGUAGAAAAUCAACCUCCAGCGCUAACAACUCUAACUUUACCUUUGGCUUUCUUGGAAACAAAAAUAAAAAUCACAUCCUGAACAACACUCCCUACGAUUACAAUGAACCAGUCUUUAUUGAUGAUGAUAACGAUUCAAUAGAGAUUAUCGAUGACGAUAUUAAUGACAUGAACAUCAACGACGAUUUCAAACAGUUUAGUCAUCCCAAUGGUCAAAUGCAAGAUGGAAAAACGCUAAAUGAGAAAAUUCGUACAAAUUCUAACAUUAAUAAUAACAAGGAUAAUAAUCAUGACGAUUACAACUACACUAGUCAAGAAAGUAUUAAAAGCAAAAGUGAUAGUGAGAACCAGUCAAUAGAGAAUCAUAACAAAUUUGGCAUUAGUAAACUAUAUGGGUUUCGCAGAUGUAUCUGGGAGGUUUUGAUUGAAGAUGAAUCAAUUAGUUCGAUUACACUAUUUUGAUUGAGCUGCUUCGUCUUCCUCUUACAGUUUCUUUUUUUUUUGGUUUUUUAUUGAAUCUUACGGAUUUAUAGAGUUUUAAUUUUUAAAUAUUUGAUAGUAAUUUCCUCCAAAAGUUGUUUCAAGUUCAAAAAAUAACACAAAAACUGCUGUCUUUGAUUAAAAUAUUUGAAUGAUUUUUAGCUUGGGGUUUAUGCCUUUCUGGCCAAGUUGGUAAGGCACUUCUCUAGUAAUGAGGAGACCCUUAGUUUGAAUCUGGCUGAAGGCAGUUAAUCGGGUUUUUAUUUUUUGAUAAUUUUCGGGUAUUAUACUUACAUACCCGAACUUGCUUCAGAAAAAAAAAAUUUACUUUAAAUUUUAAUUCAUUUAAAAAAUAAAUAGGAUAUAU